UUUUCAUUCACAAACAGAAAUUCUCAAAGUCACUGUCGAAAUUUUCAAUUUUUCAUUUAGAAUUCAAGUCCAUCAUUAAAUCACUUGUUUUAACCAACAACAGAAAAUGAAUGAAAUGUCUGAAUGAUUACAUCAGCUGUUCCCUGAGACCUGGAGGUAAAGAAUGAAUGACCUAUUGUAUGUGAUUUAAUCUGCCUUUAUUUUGAUGUGUUAGCUUCUAUUAGGGAUUUAAAAAAAGCUGGUUUAUGUUGAGCUUUGUGUUGAUCCUGUUUGUUUUAUUGUGUUCACGUUCUGCUUUACAACCCUGUCUUACUAUAAGUAUCAACAACAACAACAACCUGUAAACUCGUGAACAGGAAGUGGUAACCGUAUAGGAACGCUGUUGCUAGGCAACAGUACCAUGGGCGCCCAAACGUCCUUUCUCCUCGCUCCUUUUGGGUUUUAUUGAUCUGUGUCCAUCUGUCCAUCUUCACGUUUUUUACAUCUUUUCCAAAUCCACUACAAACUUUCUGAAACGUCAUCACGGUAAGCACGUCGCCAUCUGUAGGCUCCAGGCUCCGCCCCCGGCUCCCUGCGCACACACACACACACACACACACACACACACUCAAAGAGAGAGAGACAGGACGGAGACACACAGACACGGACAGCUGCGUGAAUCUGUCCGAACAGAAAGCAAAGAUGUCGUCUACAGAGCGCCUCUCCUCCGUCUCCUCCGUCUCCUCCAUCUCUCUGAUGGAGAUUAAAGCUGACACUCAGCUGGUCCUCAAAGCCUUCCUCCAUCGGACCCUCGCCCUCCCACUGGUGGAGCGGCCAGGCAGAGUGGGAGGAGCCUACGUAGACCACAACAAGUACGGGUUCAAAGCUCAGCCUCACUCGAAGGACAGCUGUGACUCACAGGCCGAGAACGUCAGCUCAGACGAGAAGAAAUCUGGAUUUAAAGAUUUGAUCAAGCAGGUUCCUCGUAGAAAUACAUCCCGUAGAUCUGCUAAAGACUCUAAAGGAUCUCUGGACAGAGAGAACAGGACCAAACCAGGACAUAGCAGGGACCAAUUAAAGGUGUCCCCCUCCUCUUCAUCAGAUGGAGACGAUGGGGAGAAGAAGCCGAAGAAGAAGCUGAACCCGAAGAGGAUCAGAGAGAGGCUGUCCAAGAUCUUCAAGAGAAACAAAGACAGAGACAAAGAUGAAGACAGAGACGGAGACAGAGACAUAAACAAAGACGGAGGCAAAGUCCGUCCUCAGAGGCCCAGCAGUCUGUCCAUCAGAGAACCAGAACCUGCACCUUCCCUCAUCUCCCCCAAUCAUCCUCCUGAGUUUUACGAAGAAGUGGCAGAAAAACUGGAACAGAUCGCCCAGAAGUCCACCAGUAUAAAAAAACAAAGUCCAGCCCCCCAGACUUCACCUGUGAGUGAGAAAGAGACCGUGGUCCAGAGGCUGGUCCAGGUUCUGUCUUUGGAGGGAGACUCUAUCAACACUAAGAUCGAGUCCGACCCCUUCCUGCGCUCCACCCUGACUCGUCUCUCUUAUCCGUCCUUCGCCAAACUCCUCGACACCGUCAGCAGCACUCAGGUGUCUGAGGCCCCGCCCCUGCCCCCCACUGCAAGUCCCUCUGCAAGCCCCACGCUUAAACGGAUGGCGGUGACCAUGGAGGUUUCAAGGAGGAUCGUCACGGCAACGGGAGCUCAGCGCAUGCAGGGCUACGCUGAGUGCUACAUGGAGACGUUUGCCCCUUGGGUGAAGAGUCAGGGAGGCUGGGAGAACAUCGUUGAACAUCUGGAGGAUCCUGCAGAGUUUGACUGAACAUCAGUCUGAUCUCUGGAUCAUUUCUCAAAGAGAGAGAUCUUCUCUCUGAGCGUCUCAAACAUGGAGUCUCCUAAACAUUGCGCUCACUGGACGCUUCGCUCAGAGUUCAUCAUGCUCAGAGGGUUUAAAAGUGCUGCAGUUACUGGGAUCAGCCACCAGGAGGAGCUGCUGAGGAGAAAGAACAUGAUCUCUGCACUGAUUUGUUUUUUACAUAUGAUGUUUCUUUAAAGGUUCAGACGAACGUCUCCAUCAGCUGACACAAACUGUUUGAAUUGUUUUUGUUUGUUUACAUCGUUUAUGAAGGAAGACGAUUGAAUUUAUUUAUAGAGAAGUGUUUUAAUGUGGUAUGAAGAUGUAAAGAAGAAAUGUUUCAUAUUUAUAGUGAAGCAGCAGAAACGUAAACGUAUUUUAUUUACAGCACAUGGAAACAGGAGUUGAUAUGUGUACAUGCUGAAUGUAUUUACAUCAUGUUAUUUAUUAGAGAGAUGUGAUGAAGACACAGAAUAAUAAAAACACCUCAAACAUC